CUGGUGUUCACCAGCGGUGGAUGUCGGCGACCCAGGACUGCGUAAAGUGCAUGUAUAUAACCGCAGAAUAUUGACAAAAUCCUAUCCAGCAAUUUUCUUUAAAAAGCAAAUUGGUUUGGCUGGGGGAAUUUAAUCUGCAGAAGAAAAUAUGUCAAUGUUGCCGUCUUUCGGGUUUACCCAAGAGCAAGUUGCAUGCGUAUGCGAGGUUUUACAGCAAGGAGGGAACCUGGAGAGGCUCGGCCGAUUCCUCUGGUCUCUCCCUGCCUGCGACCACCUCCACAAGAAUGAAAGCGUCCUCAAAGCUAAGUCUGUGGUCGCUUUUCACCGAGGCAACUUCAGGGAGCUCUACAAAAUACUGGAGAGCCACCAGUUCUCCCCGAACAAUCAUCCCAAACUCCAGCAACUGUGGCUGAAGGCGCACUACGUGGAGGCAGAGAAGUUACGGGGCAGACCGCUCGGCGCAGUGGGGAAGUACAGGGUUCGGAGGAAAUUCCCUUUACCCCGCACCAUCUGGGACGGCGAAGAGACCAGCUACUGUUUUAAGGAGAAGUCAAGAGGCGUUCUGCGCGAAUGGUACACCCAUAAUCCUUAUCCGUCCCCGCGUGAGAAAAGAGAGCUGGCUGAAGGCACUGGACUGACAACGACGCAAGUCAGCAACUGGUUUAAAAACAGAAGGCAGAGAGACCGAGCUGCUGAAGCAAAAGAAAGAGAAAACAGCGAAAACAAUAAUGGUGGAAACAACAAACAAAACCAGCUGUCUCCCCUGGACGGUGGAAAAUCCCUUAUGUCCAGCACCGAGGACGAGUACUCUCCACCACCGAGUCCUGACCAGAACACCAUGCUACUACUGCAAGGGAGCAUGAAUCACUCCACCGGCUUAUCUUACCCACUGACGAGCAUUAGUGCCGUACAAUCGGUACAUAACAUACAGGGACACCCGCACCAACUGCAGGACUCCUUGUUGGGACCCCUAACUUCCAGCCUUGUGGAUCUCGGUUCCUAAAGAACUGCAAAAAAAAACAUUUUCUUAAUUUUUAUAUGUGAGACUGUGAUCCGAUGUUUUCGACGCAUAUUUAAUACUUAGAAAGAUAGAAAUAUAGAAAUCCCAAUCACAGAUUUUGACUGACACACGUCUAGUCGUUAAACUACUGACAUGGAAAAAUCAGAACGCAGUUUUGAAAAAUUAAAGAUCUUGCCGGCGGCUUAGAUCUUUUCCACGCGAACUUCGAAUCAGGCCGUAAGGAAAUGCCUUUUCACAAACUUUGAAACAGCAAAAAACUCUAACUGGACUUUUAAAUUAAUUUUAAAGUUUAUUUUUUCCUGUUUAAAGUUUAAUUGAAAAUAUUUAUACGAGAACAGAAAAGGGCGAAUUCUUGGAAAAAGUCCACGUUUUUUAAUAGGAAUAAUUUCUUGGUUUUUAAUUAAUACGAAUAAAUGUGAGAGAGA